GAUGAUGGGGCCAUGGCCCGGGCGGGCGGCUGCGGCGCGGCCGCGGCGGGGGCGCGGGCGGGGGGCGCGGGCGGGCCGGAGCCGGCGGAGCUGUCCCUGGAGGCGGUGCUGAAGGCGUACGAGCAGCCCAUCAACGAGGAGCAGGCGUGGGCCGUGUGCUUCCAGGGCUGCCGCGGGCUGCGGGGCGCGCCGGGCGCCGGCCGGCGCAUCCGGGACACGGCGGACCUCGUGCUGCGCAGGGACGGCUCGGUGGGCGCCCGGCCGGAGCCGGGGGCCGCGGGCGCGGCGGAGUCUGCCACGAUGGUGGGGUCACCAGCCAGCUCAGAAGCUCAGAUGGUGCAGUCCCUGGGCUUCGCCAUCUACCGAGCGCUGGACUGGGGGCUGGACGAGAGCGAGGAGCGAGAGCUGAGCCCGCAGCUGGAGCGGCUCAUCGACCUCAUGGCCAACAACGACUGCGAGGACACAGAUGGCGGCGGUGGCGCCGACGAGGGCUACGGCGGGCCGGAGGAGGAGGAUGAGGGGCCCGAGGGCCCGCGUGUGGUGCGCACCUUCGCGCAGGCCAUGCGGCUGUGUGCCCUCCGCCUCACGGACCCCCGAGGCGCGCAGAGCCACUACCAGGCUGUGUGCCGUGCGCUCUUCGUGGAGACGCUGGAGCUGCAGGCCUUUCUGGCCAGGGUCCACGAGGCCAAGGAGAUGCUGCGGAAGCUCCGGGAAGAGGAGCCUCAGGCAGAGAAACCCCUGGCAGAGCUUGAUCACCUGGGGCACACCGACUGGACUCGCCUCUGGGUCCAGCUCAUGCGGGAACUUCGCCAUGGAGUGAAGCUCAAGAAGGUGCAGGAGCAGGAGUUCAACCCUCUGCCCACUGAGUUCCAGCUCACCCCCUUCGAGAUGCUAAUGCAGGACAUCCGGGCCAGAAACUACAAGCUGCGCCAGGUCAUGGUCAAUGGGGACAUCCCUCCCCGGGUGAAGAAGGAUGCACACGAGCUCAUUCUGGACUUCAUCCGCUCCCGGCCCCCCCUAAAACAGGUCUCGGAGAGAAGGCUGCGCCCCUUGCCCCAGAAGCAGCGGAGCUUGCACGAGAAGAUCCUGGAAGAGAUCAAGCAGGAGCGGCGGCUGCGCCCUGUGGGGGCCCGGGGGUUUGGCUCCUUGCCCUGCAUCCUCGAUGCCUGCUCUGGGGAUCUCAAGGCCGCCUCCUGCAUCAACCUCUCUGUCCCGGAUGCUGCGGGCAGCACCCUGCGCCCUCGGCCCCGGGUGCUGCUGAAGGCGCCCACCUUGGCUGAGAUGGAGGAGAUGAACACAUCCGAGGAGGAGGACUCUCCAUGUGCAGAAGGCACCCUGAAGCGUGACCGCUCCUUCUCAGAGCAUGAUCUGGCCCAGCUUCGCACGGAACUGGCCUCUGGCCAUCAGCUGGACACUCAGCCCGCAGGAGCCCUGCAGCCAUCGAGGCCCCGUGCAGGCAGUGCACACAGCUGGAGGCCGAGCACCCAGGAGCAUGGGGUGACUGCACAACCCCAGCUGGACCCCAGCUCCCGGCCACACAGCCACCAGGGCGCCGCCUGCACAGCCCCAGAUGCCAGUCACCGGUGGCUGGAGUUCAGCCACCCUGUGGAAAGCCUGGCCCUGACAGUGGAGGAGGUGAUGGAGGUGCGCCGUGUGCUGGUGAAAGCAGAGAUGGAGAAGUUCCUGCACAACAAAGAGCUGAUCAGCAGCCUGAAGAAGGGGAAGGUGUGCUGCUGCUGCCGGACCAAGUUCCCAUUGUUUUCCUGGCCGCCGACCUGCCUCUUCUGCAAGAGGGCCGUGUGCAGCCUCUGCAGCGUAAAGAUGAAGAUGCCUUCUAAGAAGCUCGCACACAUCCCAGUCUACGCACUGGGCUUUGAGGGUCCUCUGAAGAGGUCAGCCAUGAAAGCCACGCCUACUCAAAGAAGAGAUGUCUUCCAAUCCCUGCAGGGGCCGCAGUGGCAGAGCGUGGAAGAUGAGUUCCCACACCUCUACACACAUGGUGGCGUGCUCAAGGACGUCUGCAGUGACUGCACCAGCUUUGUGGCCGAUGUGGUACACUCUAGCCGCAAGAGUGUGGAUGCCCUCAACGCAACCCCGCACAGGGCCCGGCAGACCCGGUCCCUCUAUGUCCCCAACACCUGGACGCUGGAUUUCAAGUGAUGCCCCUGAAAAACUGUACUGAGUGCAUGUACAUUCAUACAUAGACCGCGAUGUAACACACCCGCAGCCUAUAUAUUUAUAGACAGCUCUCCUGGCCCCCGAGUCCACCCGGGGUCAGAUUCACUCUAAGACCCUCUCAGGAUUCCUUAAGCGGAACAGCAGUGGGAAGGAAGCAGAGUGGAGGGGGAACAGAGUGCUGGCUGCCAACCAAGAAGCAUACUGUCCCCUGUGGGCCCUUGGGUUAUUCCAAAGGGGCCACAGCACAAGCACAAAUCCAGGGGGCCAACAGGCAGACCGGGGACACAGGAAGGAAACAAGGUUGGGAAGACACUGAGAGCCUGGAGCAGAGGAAUCUGGGCGGGGGGCUCUGGGGAAGCACCCAUCCCAUGCUGGUGUCUCAUCUCAGGGACGAGGACAUGGCAGGCUGCAGGCCUGGGAAAGCUGGAGAGGGUUGGUCCUGUAAGCGUUCACUCCUUCGUCUGGAAGGCAUAACGCUAGGGCAGACUGCCACCAGCCUGCCUGGCACCACACCUCAGCCACCCAGGGCAUCAGGUGCCACUGUACUCUCAUACCCAAGGUGCGGGGGUGGCGGCAUGGGGUAGCUGAGCAGCUCUGUAUGUGCAAAUGACUACUCUUGGCCUAAUAAAGUUGUUCUCCAGGG